AUGACCAGAGCAGACAAACUCGCCGGCAAGAAGAUUGCCGUCAUCGGUGGUUCAUCCGGCAUCGGCUACGGAGCAGCAGAGAUCCUCCUCUCCGCCGGCGCCCACAUAACCAUCAUAUCCUCCACCCAAGAAAAAGUCGACCGUGCCGUUUCCCAACUAUCAUCUACCGCUGGGGGCAACGUCCAAGGCAGAGUCGGCAACGUCCGCGACGAAGCCGCCUUCACUGAACUGCUUCUCUCCCUUGCCCCCCUGGAUCAUGUCAUCUUCUCCAGCGUCGAUAAAAUUAUCCGUGGUAGCCUGGCCGAAGCUAACCUCUCCGACGCGGCGGGGUUGUUCGGGGUGAAGUUUUGGGGGAGCUUUGUUGUCGCAAAGGCCAUCGCAAAACACGACAUCAUCCUCCCUGGCGGCUCACUCACCCUCACUUCUGGCGCUGCUGCUCUACGUCCUAAAAAGGGAGCGACGAUUGGGGGGGCGCUGAAUGGGGGGUUGAUUACCGCUACUAUUUCUCUUGCUGAUGAGCUUUCGGGGAAGAGGAUCAGGGUGAAUACUGUUGUCCCGGGGUUAGUCAAGACACCGCUUUUGGGGAAGUUGGGGAAUAGUGAGGAGCAGCAGAGGGAGAUUUAUGAGCAGGCGGCCGGGAGGUUGAGUGUGGGGUUUGUUGCUAGUCCGGAAGAUGUUGCGGAGGCGUAUCUUUAUGCUGUGAGGGCGGAUUAUGCUAAUGGGUCGACGAUUGUUAUUGGUGAGUUCCACUACCUAUUGAAUUGGUUUGAAAUGUCAGAGGGGGUUUCUAAUGGUUUUGUGAUACAGAUGGCGGUAGUUCUUUUUGAUUGGGGGUAG